UCCGGUCUUAGUGACCCCAUCCCUAUAACUCCCAAUAUCUAACAUCCCCGUCAAUCUAAUAAUUCAGAAGCUAGUCUUGGAUUCUUGGUUCUAGCUCUUCUGCCCCUUUCAAAUUUUUCCAUUUGGCUUCUUCUCUUCUCUCUUCGAUACCUACGACCCCUUCCCCCCUGUUCCAGCCGCCCCCCCUCCCCACAACCAAACCUCCUUAAGUCAAAACCCUUUGUAUUAAUUUCUCUACAAAGACACAUUAUUAUUAUAACUUCCAUUUUACUCAUCUAAAAAACCUCUAGCUUUAACUAAACAUAAUGGGAACCAUUUUUUUCAUCAAUUCGUGACUUAUUGUAUUUUUUACAUAAUUUUUGAAUAUGUUAAUUUUAUUUUAAAUAAAUUAAAGAUUUUAUAUUCAAAUUUACGGUCAAAAUCUGACAGUUUAACUUUUGAAAUUCAAACCGUGCCAUUGAGACAAAGGAAGUAAUUAUUCACAAGCUAGUUUUGGAUUCUUGGUUCUAACUAUUUUGCCCCUUUGGUACUUUUCCUUUUGGCUUCUUUUCUUCUCUCUUCGAUACCUACCACCCCAUUAGUACUACAUUAAUUUCGUCUCUACAAAUACCCAUCAUUACUUCCAUUUUACUCAUCUAAACAAAAACCUGCAGCUUUAAUUAAAAAUAAUGGGAACCAAUACCAAUUUUUUCAUCAAUGAUAAUGAAGAUGUGCUGAUUGAGAUAUUGAAGAGGCUGGAUGGUCGUUCACUAGGAGUGUCCGCGUGUGUAUGCAAGCUAUGGUGCACCAUCACUCGUAACGACUCAUUGUGGGAGCAUCUCUGCUUCCGCCACGUGUCACCACCACCAGAGGGUGUGAGGACGGUGGUGUUGGCUCUCGGAGGGUACCGGAGGAUGUACAUGGUGUGUGUAAGGCCAGUGUUGAAUAGACUGAGAAUAUGCAGACCGACCGGAGUGGAAGAUUAUUGGAUUCGACAUGAAGUGGAGUUGUCGUUGUCGUUGUUUUGUGUGGAGUAUUAUGAAAGAGUGUUGUUAGGUGGUGGUGGAGGAGGAAGACAUGGUGGUGAUGGUGGUUGCACGUCGUCGCUUAUGUUCCUUUGCAAGGCUGUGAACGUUUGAAGUUGGAGAUAUGAAGCCUCAUUAUUCUUUUAUCUUAGUUACGUACUUUCAUUUCUCUUCUUGUCGUGUUUGGUAAAUGACAUUUGUACUAUUUGAUGAUAUUAAUUACUCCCUCAGUCUCAAUUUGUAGGAAGGUUUAAGAUGAAAGAAAUUACUUUGAAAUUUGUGCUCUAAAAUAAGUCUUACAUAUUUGUGUGUCAUAAAUCAUUUUAUUAAGAAUAAAAUAAAAAGUUUAUAGUUAAAUUAUCAUUUAAAUAUAGAAAGAUAUCGUCAUGAAGUGGAGUUGUUGUUAUUGUUUUUUUUUUUUUUUUUUUUUUUUGUGUGGGGUAUCAUGAGAGGGUGUUGUUGGGUGGUGGUGGUGGAAGACAUGGUGGUGAUGGUGGUUGCACGUCGUCGCUUAUGUUUCUUUGCAAGGCAGUGAAUGUUUGAAUUGAAGUUCUAAAUUAAAUUUGGAGAUAAGCUUCAUUAUUCUUUUAUGUUUAAGUAUUUUCAUUUUUUCUUCUUUUCGUGUUUGGUAAAUGAAAUUUCUAAUAUUUGAUGUUAUUUAUUACAAAAAUUUCUGAAACUUGUGGUCUAUAAUAAACCUUAUAUAUUUGUGUUGUCUAUAUAUACAUUAUAGGAAGUUUAAAAUUAAAUUGUUACUAAAUUUAGAAAAAUAUAGUUUUUAUUGGAUUCGACAUGAAGUGGAGUUGUCGUUAUCGUUGUUUUGUGUGGAGUAUUAUGAAAGAGUGUUGUUGGGUGGUGGCAAGUGGCGGUGGUGGUGGAAGACACGGUGGAGAUGGCGGUUGCACGUCGUCGCUUAUGUUCCUUUGCAAGGCUGUGAAUGUUUGAAUUAAAAGUUUGAAGUUGGAGAUAUGAAGCCUCAUUAUUCUUUUAUCUUA